CAGUGAUCCAUUCUGUUCUUUUCUCUGCCUCUCCCCUGCCAGCCUGGCUGGAGCAACUCAGAGCGGGCAGCUGCGACCGGAGAGGAAGGUGCGGCUGGAGUCCACCUACCAGCUCUCCCGCUGGACCCCCAUGCUCAAGGACAUCAUGGAGGACAUCCUUGAGGACAAACUGGACAAGAAUCUGUAGCCCUUCGUGUCGGACCCGGUCCCUACCACCAGCUCCCAGGCUGCUGUCAGGUAAGGCUGAGCCUGGCUGGGCUGUGGGGGGCAGAGCCCUGACGCACACACCCCAGGGUGUAGGAGCCUCUGUGCCUGGGAGUGUGUGGCCAGGGCCCUGCCCUCUACAGGGGAGGGGGUGCCCAAGAGCCUGGAGCCCUGGACCCCUCUUACCAUGUCCCCCGCGUCCCAGCAGUCCCUCAACACACUAGGGCCCAGGAUGGAGGAAAGGGACUGGCCGAGCUUUAGACAGCACCCCCAGCCCAGGGCAGGUGCCACCCUCCCCUACUCCCUUCUGCCUGCUUUGGGACUCCUGUCCCACUCCCUUGGGCAGGGCCUGCCCCCCAGCCUCCUCCGGCCCUGCCCUUCCAUCCGGCAUUCCCUCAGCGAGCCCCUGGUAUCCACACUGCCCAUUUCUCCCCCCAGUGCCCGCUUCAGGCAUUGGCACAAGAACAAGCCAGCGACUGAGUACCGGACAAGCCCGCACCUCAUCAUCUGCGUGCUGGGUGGGGUGUCCAUGUCUGAGAUGCACUGCGCCUAUGAAGUGACCCCGGCCACCAAGGGCAAGUGGGAGGUGGUGAUCGGUUCCAGUCACAUCCUGACCCCCAAGCGCUUCCUGGAUGACAUCCAAACCCUCAACCAGCUGGCCCCUGAGGAGGCCUAGAAGCAGCCCCCUUCCCCCCAGAGACUCUGCCCCCCACAGCUCGCUGUCCCCAGCUCCACCUCCUCUUCUCAAAAAGGCACCUUCCCCUCUA